GCCCGGCAGGCAGGCAGGCGACGUUCCCCGCCCGCCCGCGCUGACGUCAGGAAACUUUCUCCACGGCUGAGGCGGGAGCGGGCUGGAACGAGUGCCGCGGCGAGGCGAGGCAAGGCAGCGGGACGGCCUCCAUCACCUCCUCAGUACAUGAGAAACUAUAAAGCAGCAGUAACAAAGGUUCAAAAAUGUUGACAAAUGAGUGAUCUGUUCUACAUGUGAAUUAGUGUCUGCUCUGUACCUUGGCAAGAAAUUUGAAUGCAGAAGGGCAGUUGGAGGAGAAACUCCUUGGAUAUAAAAUUCUUCAAAUGAAAAGUAAGAGUAUCAUUUGGCAAAGAACUUGCUCAAGUGGACUCUCCAAGGAACAGCAAGGAAUAUGAGAUGCCACCAAUAUCAAAAGGAUUCGUUAGGCUUGGGUGGCCAGCUAGGACCAUUUCAAAGACAGAAUGCCAACUUCUGCGAAGGAUCCCAAAGGCAUAGUGAGGAGAGUCAGCUUACAAUAGAGCUUCCCUGGCAUCCAUGGUGAGCGCCUCAAGUUAAAGUGGGGGAAAAAAAAACCAAACCGAGAAACACUGUUGCCUGGAUAGAUUUUUCAACAUGAAUCGUGCUUUUAGCAGAAAGAAAGACAAAACAUGGAUGCACACUCCUGAAGCCUUAUCAAAGCAUUAUAUUCCCUAUAAUGCAAAGUUUCUUGGCAGUACGGAAGUGGAGCAGCCCAAAGGCACAGAAGUUGUAAGAGAUGCUGUUAGAAAAUUAAAGUUUGCAAGACAUAUCAAGAAAUCUGAAGGCCAGAAGACACCCAAAGUUGAAUUACAAAUCUCAAUCUAUGGUGUAAAAAUUCUAGAUCCAAAAACAAAGGAAGUCCAGCACAACUGUCAGCUCCAUAGGAUAUCAUUCUGUGCCGAUGAUAAAACUGACAAGAGAAUAUUUACUUUCAUAUGCAAAGACUCAGAAUCAAAUAAGCAUCUGUGCUAUGUAUUUGACAGUGAAAAGUGUGCGGAAGAGAUAACUUUAACAAUUGGUCAAGCAUUUGACUUAGCUUACAGGAAAUUUCUGGAAUCUGGAGGAAAAGACGUUGAAACAAGGAAACAAAUUGCAGGGUUACAAAAAAGAAUUCAAGAAUUAGAAACUGAAAACACAGAACUGAAAAAUAAAGUUCAAGAUUUGGAAAACCAGUUAAGAAUAACACAAGUACAUGCAUCUCCACUGCUGCACAUAAAGUGUGAUAAUGAUGAACAUAUGUUUCAGAGACCCUCUGCUUUUUUCUGGUGUAACAAUGAGGAUUCACCUCCUUGUUUAGAUAUCUCCUCCAUUACGCUUACUCCUAGGAGUUCUCCUGACUCUAGAAUACCAUCUGGAUUGUUAAUACCACCACCUUCAAAAAGUGGUCUUCCAAAGCCAAUCAGUGAAUACAGCUGCCCAAGACCUCGUGCAGGCAGUGUGACACCUAAAUCACCCUCCACUGACAUCUUUGAUAUGGUUCCCUUUUCUCCCAUAUCCCCUCAGUCAUCAACACCUACCCGCAAUGGUACACAGCCUCCUCCAGUACCCAGUAGAUCUACAGAGAUCAAGAGAGACCUUUUUGGAGCAGAACCUUUUGACCCUUUUAGCUGUGGAGCAGGAGAUUUCCCUCCAGACAUUCAGUCCAAACUAGAUGAGAUGCAGGAGGGGUUCAAAAUGGGAUUAACCCUUGAAGGCACAGUAUUUUGUCUUGACCCACUAGACAGCAGGUGCUGAUGCCAAGAAACUAAAUGUGAAAUUCCUACGCAGUGGGUUUUUUUUAAUUCUGAUCACGUAUUCACAGAUAUUUUCCGUGUGCCAAAAAUUGUUUUUUUUCAACAUGUAAACUCUUGUGAGGUUUGCUUCUGUAAAAAUCCAACUUAGUUCCAGUCUUUCCCUGUACAAAUGUAAAAAGUUGUAUUUGUUUAUGAAAUAUGAAUUAAAUUACGCUGUUGUGUUUCUUUCACAUUUUGGCCCAAGUUUACUACGCUUUAUGACUAUUAGCCUGGAGAAGUUAUUCAGAAAGCUCACACAUACCUCUCUCUGUUUGCAGACAUGCAAGCAUGAUUUUUUUAUGUAAUACUUUACCUGGCAGCAUUUUGAAAUUAUGUUUUUAAGGCAUUAUUUAAUAUUCAAGCAGUAAAAUGAUUAAUAUCUAGUACAAAAAGUUCAAAUUGCAGUGAAAAAGCAGAAAAUACUAACCUUUAAUAUAUGCUUAAAAGGUAAAUCUGGAUGCCAUGUAAUUGAUUUCAUUACUGUGUAUGAUUACAAUGCUGUAUAUAUGUUGUUAUUAGUUUAUAAAAUCCAGAAGAAUUUUAGGUCCCUAAUUCAUGUUUUAGAAACUAACAAAUUGCUAGUGUGCUAAUUAGUGUUUAAUGAGCAUAGAACAACUGCUGAAUUGCAGAAUGGACAAAGUAACUGCCCUUUGUUUUGAUAUUUUAUAGCUGAACUGUAAAGUAUGAAAUUUGGAAUUCAUUAUGUGAUAACCAUAACUUAAAAACAAGAUUAUGGUCUUGCAUUUACUUAAGAAUUUAUGUAAUUUUGUAUAUAAACAGGCACUCUGUUUACUGGACUCAAUUCUGUAACUUACUUUCAACACCUGAGUGUUUACAGUCAGGCUCUGUUGAGUAUUUUUUUCACUGUCUGCUUUAAUGUUAUGUGUCUUACUAUAGUUUUGAAGCUUGCUGCAAGAAUCCAAUAUAAGUCCUUCAUACCCAUUGGUUGUUCAUGUUACAGAAAUAACUGCACACCAAAAUUUUCAGCUGCUAGUGAGUUGAACACUGACCUGUCUAUGCAUACUCUUCAUUAAUUUUUAGCAUAAGCAAUAAAAUACCAUCUUAAAGCUAUCUCAGAAAAUUAUUAUCAUUAGUGUUCUGAUGCCCAAAUUCCACCUUAGUUCAAUUCAAAAA